AUGGGUUCAUGGACAAAAGAUCUGCAGCAACAAAUCUUUCUUGCUUUACCCAGUACGUGGCAAAUGUGCUCGACAAUCAAGGGCAAGUCAUAUUUGAGCAACCGGAAACAAUACGUCACAUACAACGAUUCUAAACCUUAUGAUGUUACACCCUGUUCAGGCGUGCCCCAAGGCUCUAAUCUUGACUGCAUUUUACUGCAAAAUGUUUUACAGAAGAUUGUAACCUGGUGUGUCAAAAAUAAGUUGCCGCUCAACAUAACUAAAUGUCAUGUGGUUAGUUACACCCGCAAAAAGGAAUAUUGUUCACUUGAUUACAGUAUCUGUAACGCAUCUUUAAUCCGAUGUAACGCCGUUAAAGAUCUAGGAGUUAUAUUUGACAGUAGUUUCACUUUUGAUGACCACAUCGCACAUAUCACUACUUCUUCUUUAAAAAUGCUGGGUUUUGUAAUAAGGAAAUGUAAAGUAUUUGGUGAUAUCGAAACUCUUAAACAAGUAUACUACUCUUAUGUCAGAUCUAAAUUAGAAUAUUGUUGUAUUGUUUUGACGCCGUAUUACUAUUGUCAAAAAAACGCUUUGGAAAGAGUACAACGAAUAUUUUUGAAAUUUCUCUAUUUUACGGCUUUCAGUAUCUAUCCGCAAAGAGGCUUCGACCACGCUACCCUUCUGUCAAAAUUUGAUUUUAAGACGUUAGAGUUUAGACGGUUCAUGACCCAUUGCGAAAAUAUGAAAGCAACCAGCCGCCCGAUGGACUCGAUUACAUGA